AUGGAGGGCUGCGGGAUGAGUUGUAUAAAAUAUUUGCUGGUGGUCUUCAAUGGAAUAUUUUUGAUCUUCGGCAUCGUGAUAAUAGCAGCAGCAUGCGUGGACAUGGGUAUGAUCAAGGGGUUCGCUGGCAUGGAACCGACUGGUCAUGAAACUGACGCAUUGCUGAUCGCUAUUGGGGUCCUCAUCAUUAUCAUAGCGGCCUUUGGUUGCUUCGGUGCCUGGAAGGAGAGCCCUAAACUGUUAUACAUCUUCGUCGGCUGUCUGAUCAUCAUCAUUCUUCUGGAGCUGUCCGUUGGUAUCGCUGCCGCCGCUUUACGUCCUCAGAUUGAGAGCACCCUGAAAUCCCAACUGCGAGCGUCUUUCAUCAAGAACAAGUCUACCAAGGAAGAGGAUUCUACCUACAGGGAAUUCUGGGACCGAGUCCAGACUAGCCUGGAAUGCUGUGGCAUCACCGGUCCUGACAACUACGGAGCCUCGGAGCCUCGCAUCAACCCUUCCUUCAGCUGCUGCCCCAACGAUGGAACUGAUCACUCCGCUGAGAUCAAACGCUCCAACUGCCUCUCUGAUGGAAAGUACUACAAGGAAGGAUGUGAAGACAAAGUUCUUGGAACGAUCCACAGUGCUGGCAUGACCGUCAUCGUCUGUGGAAUUCUCUUCUGCUUUUUGGAGGUCGCAGGCAUCGUGCUAGCCCUUUGGUUAGCGCACUCCAUAAAAACGCAGGGGAAGAGCCGAGAGACCGCUUAA